GGGCGCCUCUUGGGCAAGUUACCAUCCACCGGUUAACCCAUUCGCAUGUAAAGUGGACACCUGACUCCGUGCCCAUAUUUGCGUCGGGUAAUUUUUUACCUACUUCAGCUCUCCGAUACUUCUUGCCUUCUGUCUGGAGUUUAUGAAGUCUCUGAUCAGGGUUAGAGAUACAGCUCAGUUUCUUUCUUUGUAGAACUCCAUUCUUUUUGAAAUGGGUAAACUUAAAAAAAUUCUGAAUGUUGAGAGUUCAUCAAAUCCUGAUAUCAAUGAAACCAUAGUGCCAAAGCCUGAGAUGUUGGAUUUUGAGUUGCAGACUGAUGCCAUGUACUCAAGGCAACUCGGGGAAAAUGUUGCAAGUUCAUCUGGAAGCAAUUUAAGAUCAUUUUUUACUGGGAUGGGAUUCUCACCUGCGCUUGUUGACAAAGUAAUUGAAGAAAAUGGUGAAGACAAUGUUGACUUGUUAUUAGAGAUUCUCAUGGAAUGUUCUGGUCCUCAAAAUUCAAACUCUCAGUCAUCAGAUUCUCUGGAUUGCUUGUUUGAUGACGAGGAUGCAACCAAUCCUUCAGAAUGUUCUACAUUUGUUCAACCAAAAGAGGAGCCAGAUAUUUAUGGAGUUGAUGAUGACAAAAGGGCAACCUUACUGAAGAUGAAUUUCUCAGCAAAGGAAGUUGAUUUUGCAAUGGAAAAGCUUGGUGUAGAUGCUUCAGUUGAUGAAAUGGUAGACUUCAUUAUUGCUGCCCAGAUAGCUGCAGAUUUUAGUGAGGAAAUAGAUGACAAGCUUGAUGAUACUGCAGAAGUAAAUGAGGAUAUUAGUAACGAAACUUUAUUUGGGACUAUGGAGAAGACACUUCAUUUGCUUGAAAUGGGUUUCUCUGAGAACGAAAUUUCAUUAGCAAUUGAUAGGUUUGGUUCAGAAGUUCCAGUAUUAGAGCUAGCUAACUCAAUUUGUGCAGAGCAAGUUGGAGAGAAGUACGUUAUAGAAGAUAAGUAUUCCUCAAAACGUUCUGGAAUGAAUCGUUCACGCACUGCAAGUGAUUGGGAAACCUUUAAUGUGGGUAUGGAAGGUAAUAAACUGAAAACCGAGGAUUUUAGCCAAGAUGCUGUCUCUCGGUCAAACAAUCUAAAUAUGGAGGAAGUUCAUAGGGGAAAAAGGCCAAAACAAGAGUACAUUGAGGACUAUCCUGACACUCAGUUUGGCAACAUUGGCUUUGUGGACAAUUAUCCUAAACCAGAAUAUACUGAUGACUUAAGUUCCUAUUUUGAACCUACAUGGGUGGAAGAGAAAGUUGAUGAUGAAGUUGCUGGAUUCAAAAUUCCCAAAGCACCAAAAUCAAAUUCAAGCAAGAGUGUUGAUCGAAUGGUAGCUAAACCUCCAUAUUUUUUCUAUGGAAAUGUUGCAACUGUAUCUUUUGACACCUGGGGCAAAAUAUCUCAGUUUUUAUAUGCUGUGGAGCCUGAAUUUGUUAAUACUCAGUUCUUCUCCGCAUUGAGAAGGAAAGAAGGUUACGUGCACAAUCUUCCUGCUGAAAGUAGGUUUUGUAUCCUUCCAAAGCCACCAAUGUCCAUAGAAGAUGCAAUGCCACAAAGGAAGAAAUGGUGGCCAUCAUGGGAUACGAGGAAGCAAUUGACCUGCAUCAAUUCUGAAACUAGUGGAGUAUCUCAGCUCUGUGAGAGGCUUGGAAGGAUGCUUAGUGAUUCUGGAGGUUUGCUUCCAUCUGAACGGAAUAAGAGAGACAUUCUUCUUCACUGCCACAAAUUAAAUCUUAUAUGGGUAGGUCCGAACAAACUUGGCCGUAUAGAGCCAGAGUAUUUGGAAAUAAUUCUAGGUUACCCAUUGAAUCACACUCAAGCUACGGAGAGUAACUUAACUGAAAGGCUUCAUUCACUUAAAUACAGCUUCCAGAUAGACACUUUGGGGCAUCAUCUCUCUGUAUUGAAAUCUAUGUUCCCAGAUGGAGUAACAAUGUUGUCAAUUUUUAGUGGAAUAGGUGGGGCAGAAGUUGCCUUAAACCGGCUUGGAAUCCAUAUGAAGGGCGUUGUCUCGGUGGAAAUUAGUGAAACAAAGCGGAGAAUUCUAAGAAAGUGGUGGCAAAUUAGCGGCCAAACUGGAGAGCUAGAGCAGAUAGAAGACAUCCAAAAGCUAAACAGCAACAAGAUUGAUAAACUGAUUGAGAAGUAUGGUGGUUUUGACUUCAUCAUCUGUCAGAGCCCAUGCACUCACUCUUCAAGAAGUCCUAAAAUGGGCACACAGGGUGAUGAAGCAUCGGGUUUUGACUUCUCAUUGUUUUGCGAGUUUGUUCGUGUUUUGCAACUUGUAAGGAGUCUAAUGGAAAGAAAGAGGUAACCAAUUUUCCUUUGUAUGUUUAUUUCCAGUAUGUUUAAUAAUAACUAUCUUUUCAAACUCUAUAAGGUCUCACUUUGAGGAAAACAGUGAAAGAGAUCCCACAACUCGGAUGUGUAAUUUUUCUUUGGAUCCCUGUACUGUGCACGAAUCUUUCAUCCUCACUAAGCUACCUUCUGUUACUUUUUAUUAUAAUCUUUAAAUAUAGAAGUAGAAUGAAGUUGGUAGAA